CUGAUUUUAGAGUCACACGCCCUCUUUUAUCUUCAGCCCCUAAAUUUCUGCGGGUCCCCCCCCUCCCCCCCCUUCUCUGUCUCUCUCCUUCGCACACAAGAAUCUCCGCGAGGAGAAGACAGCUUCAAGGCCUUCUGAUUCUCUCUCCUCUGUCAGAACUUUGUACUUUCUCUCUCUUAAAAACCCUAUUUAUUUUUUUAGUUUUUAACUUGUUUUUUUCCUCUCUCCCUCUCUCUGUCUGCUCUGAAUUUCGACCUCUCGUGCGAUCGAUCAAUGCCGGUACGUUUCGCUCGCCCUUCGUGUCUCGUGAACUGAAAAACUGCGUUUCCAGGUGGAAUUUCGUUCGUUUUAGAUAUCCUGUUUUGAUGCUUAUUUAAAGAUCUAUGGAUUCUCCUCUAAUGGGAGUUGUUGCCUUGCUCAUGGUUGCUUAGUUACUGAAACCAGUAUUUAAAGAAGAAACUUCUUGUACAUAUGAUGAGUUGGUUCACUUGGGUUUGAAGAAUGGUGGGAAAUGUGAGAGUUGAGUCGAGCUCAGCUAGUCCGGAUGAAUUGUCUUUUCCAGGGAGCUAUCCUAAUGGGCAGAGGGGGAAUUAUCCUGGUGUCAGCUUUGAUAGGUCUGGAAGCUUUCGGGAGGGUAAUGAGAGCCGGAUGUUUAGUCCUGGGACUAGUACAUCUCGGGGUGGGUCAACAUCAGCAGCUGAUGUACCUCCAUUAUCACUAUGGCUGACUUUGGAUCCUAUUACCAUGGGGGAUCAAAAAUAUACACGAUCAGGUGAAUUAAGGAAAGUUUUAGGAAUUUCUUUUGGUAGUGCUGCAGAGGAUAAUUCAUUUGGAGCUGCUCAUAUGAAGCCUCCUCCAGUGGCUACCGAGGAACUAAAACGGUUCAAAUCAAGCAUUUCAGAAACCUUUAUGAGGGCCAGGACUAGGGCAAAAAAGUUGGAUGAAUGCUUACAAAAGCUGAACAAGUAUUUUGAAACUAUAGGUUCAAAGAAGCAGCAACGUAAUGAGAUGUUAACAAAUGAAAGAUCAGGAUCAAAUUUGUUGAAGAUGGGAAUUCUGAUGCAGCGAAACCCUUCAGAUGUAGUGAGUCAAAGACUGGAGGACAGGACCAAGAACGUUGUUAUGAAUAAGAGAGUUCGCUCUUCUAUGGCAGAAUUGCGGGCUGAAGGUCGAAGUAAUAUGCCUGCAAGGCAACCUCUAGUGAUGGGAAAAGAUAAGGAUAUGCCCAAGGAUAAUGGUGAAAGUUCUGAUCUUGUUGAAGAAAAGAUUCGUCGAUUGCCAACUGGAGGGGAAGGGUGGGACAAGAAAAUGAAAAGAAAACGUUCUAUAGGCACUGUCUUUACCCGACCCAUGGAUAGUGAUGGAGAACUUAAACGGGCUAUGCAUCACAAGCUUAACAAUGAACCUGGCCUACAAUCAUCUGAUACUCAAGGUUUCAGAUCAGGAUUAUCUAAUGGUACAAAUGGCAUUAACAAGUUCGAUGGUACUUCACUGGCUGCUAAUUCAAGUGUCCGUGGGAUGUCCAGGAAUGAUGUUGAAAAGCUUUCUCUUUCAAGGGACUUUGUGGCUGGAUCAACUAAGGAGAGAAUUUUAGCAAAAGGAAACAAUAAGUUGAAUAUUCGUGAGGAUAACCAUUUAGUCGGUAAUAUACCAGUGACAAAAGGAAAAGCUUCCAGGGGACCUAGGUCUGGCCCUGUAUUGGCAGCAAACUCAUCUCCGAAUUUCCCUCGUUCAUCUGGGGCACUUGAUGGCUGGGAACAGUCUCCAAGUGCAAACAAAGUUCAUUCAGUUGGUGGGGCUAACAAUCGUAAACGUCCUUUGCCUAGUGGAUCAUCUUCUCCUCCCAUGGCUCAAUGGGGAGGCCAAAGACCCCAGAAAAUAUCUCGCACAAGGAGAACAAAUCUGGUGUCUCCUGUAUCAAACCUUGAUGAGCUCCAAGUAUCAUCAGAAGGAUGUCUUCCUGAUUUAGGUUCUAAAGUAACGUCUGUUGGGACUACCGAAUUGAUUCUUGCCAAGGGCAUGGUGAAUGGCGCCCAACAACUUAAAAUAAAACAUGAAAAUGUUUCAUCUUCUGCCAGAUUAUCUGAAAGUGAAGAAUCUGCUGCUGGUGAAAAUCGUGAAAGUAGAUUGAAAGACAAAGCUAUGGGUAGCAAUGAAGUGGAGGAAAGAACUAUGAAUGCUGUUCAGAAUAUUGGCUCUUCUGUGUUACUUACAAAGGAGAACAAAAUGCCCGAGGAAGAAAGUGGAGAUGGUGUACGGAGACAAGGAAGGAGUGGUAGAGGCUCAUCAAAUUCUAGGACUGGCUUUUCACCUAUGAUGGAGAAAUUGGAAAAUCCAACCUCAACCAAGCCACUUAAAAUUACUAGGCAUGGUUCUGAUAAGAGCGGAAGUAAGUCAGGGCGUCCCCCUUUGAAGAAACUGUCAGAUCGCAAGCUUACUCGUCUUGGGCUUACACCAACUGGUUCACCAGAUCUCUGUGGGGAAUCAGAUGAUGAUCGAGAAGAACUUUUGGCAGCUGCAAAUUUUUCCUGCAAUGCUAGCUAUCUUAAAUGUUCUAGCUCAUUCUGGAAGCAAAUGGAACCGAUAUUUGUGCCUAUAAGCUUAGAGGAUAGCUCUCACUUGAAGCAAGAGUUGAGGUCAACAGAGGAUCAUCACAACAGCUUAACCCAGGGUGAUAGUUUGCAUGAAGAAGAUGUUCUGUCACAAACUUCUCUUUCUGGAGAAACAGCGAGAUCCCUUCAAGAUCAAAAUUAUUCAAAGGAGUCAGCUAGAACUGUUGAUUUUGUUGAUCAAGUUGAGGAGAUUGUUUCUUUUUCUGAAAGAUCCAAUGCAGGAGGGAAACAAAUUAGUCCGUUGUACCAAAGAGUAUUAUCAGCUCUAAUAGUGGAAGAUAAAACUGCAGAAUUUGAAGAAAAUGGUAGAUGGAGCAAUGCAUUUUUCCAGCAUCAUAGGGAGGAUUUGCCUGGUGGCACUUGUCUCCCUACCAAGGUUGAGGCCGGAAAGGGUCUCUGGGUUGAGGCUGCACAUGAGUCCAUGUUGAGUCCUCAAGCUCAAAAACAUAGUAUUGGUGACAACUUUCCCUGUAAUGGGUUUACUACAUUUAGUAGUGCUGCAAGCUACCAUCCUCAACUGCAAAAUGAUGAUUUACUCCCAGAUGGCUGUGGGUUUUCAAAUUCAGAUAGGGGAAUGUUAAGUGAAGUUUCAAAAAAUGGUAGUGGUGGACCACUCUCCAUACAUAUAAUUAGUUCUGGAAUUUCUUCUCCUUAUUGUCAAUAUGGACAAAUGUCUUUAGAGGACAAACUCAUCCUGGAGCUGCUGAAUAUUGGCAUAUGUGUUGAAUCAGUGCCUGAUCUGGCAGAUGGAGAGGAUGAAAUAAUUGACCAAGAUAUUGUUGAACUACAAAAGAGGCUAAAUCAACAGGCUGAUAAAAAGAAGAAAUACUUCAAUAAAAUAAUUAAUGCAGUUGAGGAGGUCAAGAAGAAUGAGGGACGGAACCUGGAGCAGCUUGCAAUGGACAGACUUGUGGAGAUUGCUUACAAAAAGCGGCUGGCCACACGAGCGAGUUGUGCUUCGAAAAGUGGUAUUGCUAAAGUUUCAAAACAAGUUGCCCUGGCUUUUAUUAAGAGGACUCUUGCCAGAUGCCAGAAAUUUGAAGAAACUGGAAAAAGUUGCUUUACUGAGCCUGCAUAUCGAGAUGUCAUUUUUUCUGCACCUCCACGGGGAAUUGAUUCUGAAUCUGUAAAAGGCUUUGGCUCAGUUGUUGCUGCAAGUAUGCAACCUGAAAAUAAUAACAGUCACAUGGAGCCUGGGGGCCCAGACCCUCUCGCUGGUAGGGUUGAGCGGCUCCACAAUGAUAAAAUUGGCGGGGCUCCUUUUGAUGGCUUCGGAACUCUUACAGAUCCCUCUCACCAGGAGUUUGCCAAGACUAGACCAAUAUUGAACAGAUGGAAGAAGAAGGAUGUGCUGCUUAAUGAUGUUAGUGGUAGUGCUUCCUUGAGAGCUGCAUCAGCUCUUGAUAACACUGUGUUGGGUGGAGCAAAGGGGAAGAGAAGUGAACGAGAGAGAGAUAAAGAUAUAAAAGUUUCUAGUGGCAAAGCUGGUCGUGCAUCAAUUGGUAAUCUUAAGGGAGAGCGUAAAACAAAAUCAAAGCCUAAACAGAAGACAGCUCAGUUGUCGACCUCUGGCAAUGGAUUUAGCAACAAGUUAACAGAGACAACUCGUCCGACUGGCAAUAAGAAAAGAGUUGGGUUGAUGUCCCAUGAUAACGUGCCUCAAGAUUCAUUUCAAGAAAUGAAGGAACAGCUAGACUUGCAGCUCCCUGAAUUUGGCUCGAUAGAAGAACUAGGUGUGGCCAAUCAAGAUCUGGAUACAUGGUUGAACAUUGAAGAGGAUGGUUUACAGGACCAUGACUUAAUGGGUCUUCAAAUACCUAUGGAUGACCUGUCAGAUAUAUUAUGAAUACUGCAUUCUGUACAUUCCAUGAAUUAUUCAACUGUUCAGAUAACAAUGAUGGUGCUGUUGUCAAGGGAAAAACUGAAAACAUAAGUUAUGCCUCUAAUGAAUUGGCAAUUGUAAUUACGUCUCCAUUCUUUGUAUACUUCUCUGAAGAAGUUGUUUAGGGACAAGAAAUCCUAGUUCUUCAUGUCAGUGUGACAAAUUUUCCCCUUGUAACAAUCUACAACAUUUUUGAAGAGCCUAUGUAUUCAUUCUGUUCAUUCUUUGUUCUUCAA